AUGAUCGACUCCGUUCGGAUCUGCCCGCAUGGUCGGUUGACUAUGCUGGGCGCAGAGUUGCCUCUUGAAUACUGCAAGAGGCAUGAAACACUCAAUAUCGCGUGGUUGAACAACGUUCCACUUGUUUACACUUUGUUCCGUUGGUUCAACGGGGACACCAUCCACCGCAUCUGUCUCGAAUCUGCCGCGGAAUGGGUCGCGUAUGAAGAAACUAUGCUCGAUUAUGAGGCUUCGUCGGGAAUGUUCAAAAGAAAAGACUUCAAGUGCCUCCAAGAUCCUGUAGCUGUGGCGCAGAUGAUGCAAGAUGGCAGUCGCACCGUGGAAUCGGUUGUGUCUGACGUACGCGUGGUUACUAUCUUUUAG